UUUGAGGUCUAUGUUUAAUAGAUUGAGUAACUACUGGUAUAACAGAGAACCAGAUCCAGAGCUAACCGCCGAUGAGAGAGCCGAGCAGGUCAGACAGAGACGACUACAACAGUUCGAACAGGGUCCAGCCCAGAACAGAUCAGCCCAAGAUGAACAAUCCGUAGAAACAGAGGCCUCAAAUGCGGAGGUACCUGAAGUAUUCACCAGCCACCCUACAGAUAGUGUCCCGUCCCCUGAACCUGUUUCAACCGAGCUAAACACGGAACCUGAUGAUACCCCCCUCAACCAGACGGGCCCUGGGGACGGGCCACAAGUUGUUGGAUCCGCUAUUGUUAAGACCAUAGAUCCAGCUACACUGGCUAUGGAGGAUGAUCCUUGGGGUGAAUCAGAAUGGGAUGAACCCCCUGUUGAGAGUACUCCAACUGAGAUGGUUGACGAUGGAAAGCUGGUUUCUCUGACGAUAUCCCGUAUAUUCUGUGUAGCGGUCAGUACUGAGAUCCAACCCUCAUACCAACCCCAGUUCCUGACCAUGUUACUGGACACUGCUGCUUCUACUAAUACUCUUUCUCUUGAUAUUCUCGACGAGGUUCUAUUUGAGCGACUAUCAAUGUCAGCACCAGAAUUACGAGAAUGUCAGAUAGAGAUAGGGGGAGGAGCACGGUGCCCGGUGGAGCCUCUGCUGGUCCCCUAUCUGGCGGGGUGUGUGAGCAGGUGUGAUAACGAACUGAGAACCAACUCUCGGGGUGUGAUCAGUGAGACGCUGAGGGAGUGCAGAUCUGCUGCUGUUAGAAUGAUCGGGAUAGUGCUGCUGAGUAAUGAUAGCUGGUCACCCCAAGAUCCAGCUCAACAGCUGGUAGAAUCUCUGAUCACCACCUCCGAACACAGCGUAUACGAUACGGAAACUUCCUACCACUUCACUAACCAGAUAUUAGCGGAGAUAAUGUCACAAGAGUCUGUUUCUGCGGAAGAUCUCACGACCAUGAUAAGACCUGUCCUGGCCUGCAUGACGCGAAAAACUACCAUGUGUAGUCUAAUCAGUACACCUCUAACUGUUUCCAUUCUUAAUGCUUUGAACACUUUGGUGGCUAACAAGAACAUUGCCAAGGUUAUUCCUGAUCUGCCUGGCUGGCUGCCAACUAAUCCUGACAGCGGAGCAGCUUACCACGAUACUUUCCUGGGGAAACUUCUAGGCUGUAGUACAAUAAGACGGGGUAUGAUCAUGUCAGAUCUAAAUAGAUAUGUAUCUCCGUACUUCAACCGAUCAACUGUUAUUAAUCAAGAUAUAUCCCAGCACAGUUCGUCGCAGUAUCAGCAAAUGCUAGACACGAUUCAGACAUUGACCAGCAAGUUCAUUUAUCACUUGAUUAAAUCAGAAGCCAAAGAUCGCACCUUGAGUUGGAUUGUAUCUUGUUUGGAUGCGAACAGAAAUAAAGCUAAACUUGUGGCUAGUUUUGUGUCAUCAAGUGGUGCUUCGGAUGGUUUCAUGUUAAAUCUGGCAGCUGUGCUAUUGAAAUUGAGUAUACCAUUCCUUGGACCUCUCAAUGCCAAAUUAUCUACAGUUGAUGUGAGGUUUUGUGGUCCGCAUUCCAGAUCUUUGUUUCCACAAUACUCAGAAGAUAAGAUAUUAGAUAAGAUCAACGGCAUCGAGGUAUCAAAGGAAGAUUUGUUAACAUUGGGGACUCCGGAUACUUUUAACUUUAUAUCAACUUGUUUCUAUUUAACUCACCGAGCUCUACAGAUAGCCUACGUCGCUCCAUUUGACAAAUACAGACGGCUGAUGAAAUCAUUAAUGGAGACCCAGAGGUUGGUUCAGGAUAUGGGAGCCAGUCCGUUCAGUGUUGACACUGGGAUCAGAGAUAGGUUCGAAACUCAGUUCGUGGAACAGUUGGAAGUUAAAACUCAUUUACUGCAUCCCGACACCAUCGCACAUGUUUUGUUGUUCUACUGUUCAUCAACUAAUUGGUUGUCACAUAUCUCGAUUGAUCACGAUUCUGUCACUGUUACUGAUAUAAAAAGUUCGCUUAUUGUACCCGAUGAUCCUUCAAAGACCAUAGCUAUGGUACCUAAUUACUUUAUAUCAGCUGCGUGUCAAUUCCUCAUAAACAUUCGUUAUUUUGCAGAAGCAAGCUUGGAGAAUUUUGUGUCCGAGAAUUUGGAACAUUUAAUAUCAUUUCUGGUGCUGUUUUGCCAUCCAACAUGGGUUCCUAAUCCUCACACCAGGGCUGAACUUGUGGAAGCCAUGACGGUGUUCAUCCCUAAUGAACGAUCACAAUCAUCCGUGGCGACAACAAAUCGGGAAGCAGCACUGUGCUCAAAUUUACUGGCGCAGGACAAGCUUGGAUCUUCUUUGAUACGUCUGUUUGUUGACAUCGAACACACUGCACAGUUUGAACACAAGUUCCAGUAUCGGUUUCACAUAUUUGAGCUGCUGCAAUACAUCUGGCCAAGACAGAGUUUUAAAGUAUCAAAUAUGAGUUUCGAAGUGAGGGGCCGAGAGGAAGAUACGACUGUGUUGUUUACUCGUUUCGUAAAACUUCUAAUGAACGAUGCCAACUUCCUACUUGAUGAAGCGCUACAUAACUUGGAAGAGAUUAAGAAGCUGCAAAUGGAGCAAGACGACACAGACACUUGGAAUGCACUUGAAGAGAAUGUACGCCAAAGCAAGCUGAAAACCCUGGCUGAUCUCAAACGAAUGUGUACUUCCCACAACAUCCUCUCUUACGAAACAGUUAACUGUCUCCGGUACAUGACUGGCAGGUGCGAGGGUAUGGGUGAUGAUGAUCACAGGAAUGUAACGUACGCAUUCGUCACCCCACUUUUGGUUGAUACUCUGGUGACCAUGCUGAAUUAUUAUCUUAAGGAACUUGUGGGUGACAGUCAGACUAAAUACAAGGUCAGGAACUUGGACGAAGUGAAGUUCUAUCCUGGUAAACUACUCCAGUCAAUCGUGCAUAUCUACAUCAAUUUGAAGGACGAAUCAUCCUUUGUUCACGCCAUUCCUCGUGAUGGACGGUCUUACCAUCCCUCUUUGUUCAAGGAAACAGCUGUCAAACUCCGCAAGUUGUAUGUACCUGAAGAUGUCAUUACAGAUCUACUCAAGGUUUCAGUGUUAGCGGAAGGGGCUGUGACAUCGCAUGAAGAUGAAGAGCUGCUCACCGAUCGUGCUCCUAGUCAUUACCUUGACCCCAUACUUGGAACGUUAAUGGCAGAACCUGUGCUUCUACCCUCGUCUAAUAUGAUAGUAGAUCGAUCCGUCAUCGCAAAACAUCUUUUAAGUGACCCCAUCGACCCUUUCAAUCGUCAACCCUUGCAAAUGUCGGACGUCGUACCUCAGACUGAUUUGAAGGAUGAAAUAAAUUCUUGGAAAGGAAUUCAGUUAGUAGAGAUUCUUAAAGAGCGGGUUGAUGGGACUGAGAGAAAUCCAGUUUAAACUUUUGUAAAUACUGUUCCUGUAAAUCGAUGCUAUUAAUUUGGGAUUCAAUUUAGAUAUUUUGUAUUUUAAUGGUGAAACUUCAGUUUAAAAAACAAAUUAGUUAAAGAUUCCAACAUUUUUCAUAAUGAAAGUGUUGAUAAUGGAUAAGACAUUGAGUAAAUAUUUCUAUUGCUAUUAAUCUUGUUUAAAUGUUCAUUUUGAAAACAGCCUUUACAUUUUAGUGAA